AUGUCGAGCGAUGCUGAUCUUCGUAAGCUCUCAACUGUUAGUCUGGCUCAGAGAACGGCCAAUGCUGCCGAGACUCAAAAAGCUUACUAUUCUCCACCAUGGGCUGAUAUGAACAUCAUCGGUAUUGCCGGCUCAAGUGGUUCAGGGAAGACUAGUCUGGCUGUUGAAAUCGUCCAGUCGCUAAAUCUCCCAUGGGUCAUAAUUCUAUCGAUUGACUCAUUCUACAAAUCUCUGAGCCCAGAAGAAAAUGCAUUAGCACAUAAGAACGAAUGGGAUCUCGAUUCCCCUGAAUCUAUUGACUUCGAUCUUUUGGUCGAAAAGUUGAUUGAACUGAAGCAAGGAAAGCGGACAGAUAUACCAGUCUACUCGUUCGAGCAGCAUCAACGGCUGGACAAGACCUUGUCAAUAUAUUCCCCGCAUGUUAUUAUUCUUGAAGGAAUUCUGGCGUUGAAUGAUCCAAGAGUUCUCAACUUGCUAGAUAUGAAGAUCUUUGUUGAAGCAGAUCCCGACGUCUGUUUAUCAAGAAGGAUUGUUCGUGAUGUCCGGGAACGGGGGAGGACAAUUGAAGGUACUAUUAAACAGUGGUUUAGCUAUGUCAAGCCAGUCUUCCAGCGUUAUGUUGAACCUCAGAGGGAAGUUGCCGACCUGAUCGUGCCUCGAGGUAUGCAGAACAAGAUGGCGAUCCAGAUGAUCGUCAAUCAAAUACGGCAAACGUUGAAGGAGAAAUCCACAAAACAUAACGAGGAGCUGGAGAAGUUAGGUCAACAAAUUGAGGACUAUUCGCUAUCGGACAAUGCCAUCAUUCUAGGCGACAAGCCUCAAAUACUAGGAGUCUCAACGAUAUUGCGAAAUCCAAUCACGAGUCAGGUAGAAUUUUCAUUCUACUUCGACAGAUUGACCGCAUUAUUGAUCGAGAAAGCUCUGGACUGCCACAACUACCGAUCAGCUCAAAUUUUAACACCUCAGGACUAUAAGUACGCUGGACUCAAGUCAGCUGGCAGGGUGUCUGCAGUUGUUAUUCUACGAGGAGGGAGCUGUAUGGAAACUGGUCUCAAGCGAACAAUUCCAGAUUGCUUGACAGGUCGUCUCCUUAUUCAGUCCAACAUCCGAACAGGAGAGCCAGAACUACAUUAUUUGAAGUUGUUUCCAGAUCUUUCAGACCAUGAAACGGUUAUGCUACUCGAUCCACAAAUGUCAAGUGGUGGCGCCGCUCUGAUGGCUGUCAAGGUUCUCCUUGAUCAUGGCGUGGCAGAGAAAAGGAUAGUCUUUGUCACAUGUUUGGCAGGGCGACGUGGUCUGAAAAGGUUGAUGACAGUUUUCCCCAAGAUCAAAGUGGUGGCCGCCAAUGUUGUCGAGGAUCAUGAAAAGAGGUGGGUAGAAGAGAAGUAUUUCGGCUGCUGA